GUAGUGGCAACUACGACGAGCUCUCACGAAGGCAACGAGAAAGAAAAAAAGAGAAAACGAGAGACAGAGAGAAUAACAUCGAAAUAAAGAAGCAAAAUGGCUGCCUCAUUGUCAGAGAACAGUAAGUGUUAAUGCUGGUGAUGUGACGACGUAAAACGUAAAAUCGACGAGCAAAAACGAGUAAAAUUUUUGGCAAAAAAGUGCAUUUUGUGGGAUGCGUUUCGUGUGAAAAUUAUCGUAGACAGAAAAUUGAAACAAUAAUCUCGAAAAUUGAAUGGAAAAAUUGAUGGAUUUAAUAAAAAAAACGCGAUUAAUAUUCACGUAAAAUUUCUAGUGCAAAGAGGAGAAGAAAAAAAAGAAGUUGAGCUUCCUGAACUCGAAAAUUUUUCACACACAUUGAACAACACUGAGACACACAGAAAGGCUAUUUCUCAUUUCAUUCGCAUCGCAAUUCGGUUUCGCUCGAAACGGCCGAGCAAAUUGAUUGAAGUAGUUUUUUUUUAAGUUUAUUUUUUCUCGGGUUUUGUGGAAUUUUGUGUGGCCGUGUUUUUCCACUCCGUCGUUGUUGAAAUAUCCAUAUAUAAAUUUAUCGAAGAACCAGCCAGGUUAGCCAGCCAAAAUGAAUCGUGUGGCUGCAAAACUGGAUCCGUACAUCAAGUACAAUGACUUCAUCGUCGGUGGAAAAUAUCGUGUGAUUCGAAAGAUUGGCAGUGGAUCGUUUGGUGAUAUUUUCCUUGGCCUGAGUGUCGUCUGCGGCGAAGAGGUGGCCAUUAAAAUGGAAGAAGUCAAUGCACGUCAUCCGCAGUUGCUGUACGAGUACAAAUUGUAUCGCAUUAUGGUCGGCGGUGUUGGUAUUCCGCGCAUUCGUUACUAUGGCCAAGAGAAGAAUUUCAAUGUGUUGGUCAUGGAUUUGUUGGGUCCAUCGCUCGAGGAUCUGUUCAAUUUCUGUAGCCGCCAUUUCACAAUCAAAACUGUUCUCAUGCUGGUCGACCAGAUGAUUGGUCGUUUGGAAUUUUUACAUUGUAAAUGCUUCAUACAUCGUGAUAUCAAACCCGAUAACUUCCUCAUGGGUAUCGGUCGCCAUUGUAAUAAAUUGUUUUUAAUCGAUUUUGGAUUGGCGAAAAAGUACCGUGAUUUCCGUACCCGCAUGCACAUUGGCUACUGCGAAGACAAAAAUCUCACCGGAACCGCUCGAUAUGCAUCAAUCAAUGCACAUUUGGGCAUCGAACAAUCGCGACGAGAUGACAUGGAAUCAUUAGGCUAUGUUAUGAUGUAUUUCAAUCGAGGCUCAUUGCCAUGGCAAGGCUUGAAAGCGACCAACAAAAAACAAAAAUACGAACGAAUAUCCGAGAAGAAAAUGUCAACACCGAUUGAAGUCCUGUGCAAAGGCUUCCCAGCUGAGUUCGCCAUGUAUUUGAACUAUUGCCGAACGAUGCGCUUCGAUGAAGCACCUGAUUACAUGUACUUGCGACAAUUGUUCAGAAUUCUUUUCCGCACAUUGAAUCAUCAAUACGAUUACACGUUCGAUUGGACGAUGCUGAAACAGAAAUCCAACCAGGCUGGUGGUAGUUCACAAGCGGCUAUUGCAGGAGCACCAGAAAAACGUGAUGAACGUGAGCGCGAAGGACGUAACGGACGCGACAAAAACGAAACGGCUCAUACGGCAACCGAAUUAAAAUAGGUUCUAAUUUAAAUGCGUUAAAUUUAAAGAAACAACAACAACAACAAAAAAACAAAACAAACAAAAAACCAAUAUUAUUAGUAAUCAAUAUGAAACUACACACAAAACAAGAAAGAAAAAAAGAUUUGAAGAAGAAGAAAAAAAUCAACAAAAAAAAAUUGCAAACACCUUGAAAAACAAAACUCUUUUUUCGAAAUUAAGAAAUUGAAAAGAAAUGAAAGAAUGAUGGAAAAGUGAAUGGAAAAAUCAUAAUAACGAGAAAAAAAAAAUUGAAGAAAUUCAGAUUUAUGUGAAAGAAAAAUGAAUAUACAGAUAAGAUACUAACAACAUCAACAAUAAUACUAUUAAUAAUGAUAUCAAAUCAACAACAGAAACAUACGAAAAUUGUUCAGUUUUCAUCAAGAAGUAAAACGAAAUGGAAAAUAAUGAUAAAGUAAAUAGAAUAAUCAUCUUUUUGCAUUAAACGUUAUUCAAUUAAUCAGAAGAAAAAUGAAAAAUACAAGAGUUGAGUUGAGAACCAAUUCAAAAGAAAUGUUGUAACAAACAAACACAAACACAGCCACACUCAAAUGGCCAUUCACACACUAUCAGUCGUUCAACGACCAAUACAACCCAGCAAUAUACUUGUAUUUGAAUUUAAUAAAUGGAUUUACUUCUACGAAACAAUAACAACAAAUGAAAAACAACUACAAUAACAUAUAACACAACAACAGAUUUACGAAUACAAACGAUCUUUGUAUAUGAAAAAACACACUUUGGAAAAAAAUAAUAAAAUCUAAAAUUUAAGGAAAAAUUUA